AUGUAUAACUCACUUUCUAAUACUCCAGAUGAUAAUUUUAAAGAAGAUAUAGUAGAUAAACUACAAGUAAUGUUAAAAGCUAUAUUAAAUGACAUAGAUAUAUCAAAUAUUAGAGUUAUGUUUUAUUCUAAUAUAGCAAAAUUUCAUAUUAGUAUUAUUCCCAUUAGAUGGUACAAAGAUGAUAUUUUAAUGAAAUUGAAUAGUAGUAUACUUGAAAAUUCACCUGUUCUUACAGUAGUAGAAUCAUCUGAUAUAGCAAUGCUACAUACAGUAAAUUUCACUUUUCAAAAUUUAAAAAAGCAUUUUCAAGAAUUUUAUAAUAACGAAAUUAUUCAACAAAUUAUUUCUAAAAGAAAUAAAUUUGGAAUAGCAUUUUUAACUGCAAAAACUGCAAUUAAUAUUGCAUUAAAAACUGGAUGUGAUAACGAAUUAGUAAAAUUGUUAAGAAAAUUUAUUUUAACUAAACAAAAAAGUUGA